AUAAAAAAGAUCUUUUUAUCUUUGAUUUUAUUUGGACAAACUUGCUAUAGAUAUCAUGAGAAAGAGUAGUAGAGGGAGGCAAAGAAUUGAGAUGGUGAAGAUGAAGAAUGAGAACAACCUGCAAGUGACGUUCUCGAAGCGACGCGCGGGGGUUUUCAAGAAGGCAAGCGAGCUCUGCACGCUUUGCGGCGUAGAUGCAGCCAUUCUUGUCUUCUCUCCGGGGAGGAAGGUUUUCUCCUUCGGCCACCCUACCGUCGAGACUGUAUUGGAGAGGUUCCUAAGCGGGGAAGAUCAACCGGGCGACGAGACAAGCGGCGGCGUUGGGGCGGAGCCGGCGGAUCAGCUGUUAGAGGCUCACCGGAGCGCGAGGGUGAGGGAGCUAAGCAUGGAGCUGACACACAUUGAGGGGAUGAUAGAGUUGGAGAAGAAGAGGAUCGAGGCAAUCGGUGAAUAUGCCGCCGCGGCUGCCGGAGGUUCGACGCGUGCCGCCGCCUAUGAUCAGCUCGGCUUGAACCAGCUUACGGCUCUCAAGAACCGGAUGGAGAUUCUCCUCAAACAAACCCAUUCCGCGGCGGCUCACCAGCUCAUGCUCGACGGCUUCCCGCCGCCUCCACCGUUGUCGGUACACUAUCACCCGCUUCCCCCUCCGCCUCCGCCGCCAUUUGGUGAUUAUUCGCUGGGUGAGAAUCACAAUAUUGUUUUGUCUUCGGCUGGACUUGGCGGCGGCGGCGGAGUUCAGUAUGUUUCCGGCGGCGUUGGUGGCUGUUAUGACGAUGAUGAUUCGGGUGCUAGGGCUUGCACUACUCUGCCUCUUGGAAUUGGCCUUUUUCCUUUUCGAAUGAGCCCUUUUUUGCAAAACAAUCUACAAAAUACUUCAACAAUUUGGGGCGGCUGAACUUUUCUGGAAACACAUUCAACCGGCGGCUUGGAAACAAUUUUUUUGGUCAAGUUUCUCAACGAGAGCACCAGUGAUACAGACUCGUAUCGGAUAUGAUAAACUCAGGGCGUCUUCAAGCUCUUAAAAUAUGAGAUGAGGAAGAAGAAAAUCAUUGAGACGAGAAGAGAAUAGGUGAACCGAGAUAGGGGAAAGGAUUUGGGGUUUUGUGUUUUUAUUGAUGGAUGAAAACCAACCCCAUCUAAAAAAAAUAGAAAACCUAGCAUAACAAUUUAAUAAAGGGAGAAAUACGAA